AUGGCUGACUUACCUAAAGAGCGCAUUCAGACUACACGAGCUUUCAUGAUAACUGGGGUAGAUUAUUGUGGCCCAUUUUAUUAUAAGUCUGAAAUUCGCAACAAAUCUCCACAAAAAUGUUACCUGAGUGUCUUCAUCUGCUUUUCAACAAAGGCAAUUUGGAUAGAACUAGUAAAAGAUCUUUCUACUGACGCCUUUUUAGGCGCUCUCAAACGCUUCGUCGCUACGCGCGGCAUACCUAGCUGCAUCUGGUCAGACAACGCCACAAACUUUGUAGGCGCUAGAAGCGAGUUAAACGACUUACGAAAUUUUGUCCUCAAUGAAAAUCAUCGUAGCGCAGUUAAUAACUACUGCAUUAGCAAUGGAGUUGAUUGGCGCUUCAUACCGCCUCGUUCGCCGCAUUUUGGGGGCCUAUGGGAGGCAGCGGUUAAAACAGCCAAGCAGCAUCUAUAUCGUUCAGUUGGGUCCUCAAUUCUUGGAUUUGACGAAUUGCGUACUUUGGUAUGUCAAAUAACAGCUAUAAUAAAUUCGCGACCUCUUGUUCCACUUUCAGAGAAUCCAGAAGAUCUUGAUGUGCUUACGCCAGGUCACUUUUUGAUUGGUGGCCCACCACCCGUUUUCCCUAACCUAAUCUUACGUCACUGA